AAGGGUGUGUUCUCGUUGGGUUUUUGUGGUAGCAGUUGUGCUACCAACCUUAGUUGUCUUCACAGCAACAUUACUCUGAUGGCGUUGAGGAGGAAAAAAAGUGCAGUGCUGGUAGAAAGCUGUUAAGCCUGCACUCGCCUUCCUGUGGCCCCAGGCUUGAGAACCUCUUUCUGACUGCAGCUUGUCCAUGUGACUUGGUUUCCGUUGCCUGCCUGCUUCCGUGAAUAGUAAAAGAGGCAUCAGUGUUUCAGUGUGCGCAGAGGAAGGCAGCUGAACUCCACACACAAGAACACACUCUGCAACAGCGAGUCAACCAGCGAUAUGGUCAGGAGAGCAACCAUCAGUGGCUUGGGAAAUCUACACCUAACCACCAGACAGUGAAGAUGUUAAGAUGCCAGUCCACGGCCUCACUCCCAUCCUGCUUUGCUUUUUGCCCGUGUGGAUAAUCCUCACACCGAUCUGCAGUCAUCCGCCGCUCAGCCGCUGUCAGCUGAUACAACAGAGAACAGCUCAGUGCAACAAUGCCAAGCUGUCGUCUGUGCCCUCAGGACUACCACACAACAUCGAGGAGCUUCAGCUCAACUACAAUCACAUUCAAACACUACAGGACGACUCCCUCUUCCGUUACCCUUCACUGCGCAGCCUGAGCUUAGCUUGUAACAGUUUGGAGAAAUUAGAUUCAAACACUUUUCAAGACUCAAAGUUGUUAGAAAGCCUCAAUUUAGCAAAUAACAAUCUUUAUAUUGGCUACCUACAAACCAGCCACGCAUUAAAGAAGCUACCGGGUCUCAGAGCUCUCGAUCUGUCUGAGAAUCACCUUGAGGAUGAAAUGGUUGCCACUCUUUUACAAAAUCUGACAUCCUUAGAGUACCUCAACCUUUCCGGAAACCUCCUGCGGAGACUCGACGAGACCUCGUUCAGGGACCUUCACCAGCUCCGAGAGCUCGACCUGCAGAGGAACAUCAUGUUUGAGAUCGACGGCGCCUUCGACAACAAUCCCAAGCUCCAGCGGCUCAACUUGGCCUUCAACUGCCUGCCGUGCCUAACUGACUUCCACAUGACCCAGCUGGUGGUCCUCAACACCAGCCACAACUUAAUCGAGUGGUUCAUCUCCAGACAAGACCUCAAUGACACUUUCCAGCUGGAGACACUUGAUCUAUCAGAUAACAAACUGCUCUUCUUUCCCUUCUUGCCCAGCCAUAGUAACUUAAGAAACCUCUACCUGUCCCACAACCACCUACGGUUUUACCAACACUUGACAAACAAUGACACGUUCCCGAACUCAACUACAACUGUUGAGUUCUACAACCUGAAGAAGUACCAGGACAACGUGACUGCUCAGUUGUGGGAUGACGAUUUUCACGGUGACGUCUCCUCUAUGGAGAUUUUGGAUCUAACAGGAAAUGUGGUUGAUUAUUUUCCUCAAGGAUUCAUCCGGAAAAUGCAGACCCUGUCCAGACUUCGAAUUGGCACAAACUGUCUGGAGACCUUAAAUCUAAGUUCUGAACAGUUCUCUGGCAGCUUGUACGAGUUGGAUGUCAGCGACAACAGGCUGAACCAGAUCGUAGCAGAUGAAGGUGCGCUGGGGACUCUGGGAAAUCUGACGUACUUUAACCUGAGCCUGAAUGAUCUUGAGUUCUUACCCUCGAGAUUGUUUUCCUCACUGCCAAGCCUCAGGUCGGUGGAUCUCAGCUAUAACAACAUUGACAUCUGUCAUUCUGAUGAAGCUGAGAUCAGCACAGACACUAUCUCAGCUUGUGUGGUUUGGAAAAAUGUUGUGUCCCUUGAGCAGCUUUACCUUAAAGGAUGCAACCUGAAAACAAUUCCAUUGCCUGCGUUUGCAGGGUUGUUGCUAACACACCUCGAACUGUCAGAUAACCCAGGACUCACUGUCCAACAAUCAAUACAAAGUCUCAGCAGAACUUUACAACAUCUAGGUUUAGGAAACACUCACAUACAAGACUUUGACUUUUCCAGCUUCACACGUCUGAAGUUUUUAAACAUUUCGUGGAACUCUCUCGCCCAUCUUCCCCCUUCGCUCCUGAGCCUGGACCUGAAAAUGCUCGACUUGAGGAACAACGAACUGUCCACUAUCCCCUCAGGUCAGGCUAACACAUUAGCUACAAAACUCCACACCGUUUUCCUCACAGGAAAUCCAUUCAACUGCUGCCAAACAGAAUGGUUCAGGACGUUUGAAACAACAAAGACAAUCAAUGUGGUCGGACUCUCGGACAUCGAAUGUAAAUAUCCCAGCCCCCAAAGAGUGCAGCACUUAGACUCCUCUGUGUGCUGGGAAGAAGGUGGAGAAUCUGUAUUCUGGUUCCUUCUGCUUUUUGUACCCAUCUGUCUUUUCUUUGUGGGCGUUUCAAUUAUUGUUCUUCUCAGCUUCAAGCCCAAAAUGCUACAAAAAUCAAUCAAAAAGAAGUGUUUAAGGCCGACAUCCUACUAAUACUUUAUAAACAGACCUGUAUUCUGUACAGUACAUGUUUGAGAGAUGUAACUGAAUGUAUGAAAUAAAUAUGUAAACAACA